AGGAAGACAGCCAGAGAGGUCAUUGCGCCAUGAACAAAAGAUGGUGUUGGGGAAUAGAAAGAGUGAAGGUACAAAAACUUCCGCGGUUCUUGCCCGGAUGACUCGCACCAAGUUAGCGCACCCAGACCUGGACCCACUUGCAUCUUCUACUUCACCACCAUUACGAUGAUCCAGAUCUCAUAGCUCUCAGCCUUAGUGAAGCGCUUUGCGACCCCGCUUCUGAAGACAACAACCACCUUUCAAUGCUGCCACAAGGAUCUCAUCCUUGCGCCUAAGGCCGACAGUGCAUUUGCCACCAUACCCACCUCCAUGGACUUACCAUCUAGCUUGUCUAGAGACAUAUCUCCACCACGGGCGCCCAAACGGAGAAAAACUUCCGAAGCUCCCUCUCCUUUACCACGUGCUGAGCCUCGCUACGAUGCCAGAAACGACCCCACACUCGCAGCUGUGGAGGCCGGCAGGGCAAAGAUCGAAGACCACCUGACGUGCUUCAAGCACCACCUGGCAAAAGCUUCAAGAAUUACACCCUUAGAUGGGGCACGAUUGUCAAUCAAUGGUUUUGCUUCUUUGUACAAGAGCAAUCAACAUCAACAUGGCCACCACUUCGUCAUUCAUCAGCACAACCACCCUAAGGCAGGUGUGCAUUAUGACCUCCGUCUCCAGUUCUCUGCGACAAGCUCCGUAUCCUGGGCUUUUCCGAAAGGGCUCCCCGGGAAUCCGAACUCCAGACAACUAGGACGAAUAGCCAUUGAAACACGUAUCCACAAUUUGUGGAACAAUUUGAUCGAAUCUGCAUCUAUGAAGACAGGGUCACUGCUCAUCUGGGACACCGGGACAUAUACUGUACUCUCGCGUAAGAAAGACGAGAAAGAGAUGCCAAGUCCACAACUCACCGACAACGAGUCCGAUGUGGAUGAGAGGACAUCUGGAAGGCUCAGAGAUGGUAAGCACGAGAACGAGAGACUUAUCGAAGCCUUCAAAUCCCGCCACAUCCGCCUCCGCCUCCACGGCACCCGACUCUCAAAGAACUACACCAUCACCCUACGUCUGCCCUCCAACAACGAAAUCUCCCAAAAAUCAGCCGUGCGACGCAGACAAAACAGACCGGUCGCAAGGAGCAGACGGCCCAGCCACACAUCCGACUCCGACAUCGCACCGCUCACGACUGUCAACAUCGAUCAAGACGAGGUAGAGGUUGACGACCUAGACACGGACUCCGAGGAAGAUGCGCUCACAUGCACCCGAAACGCCUACCCAGGCUCAACAAACAGCAUCGGUUCGAUCCACCAACGGCGGUGGUUCGUGCUCCUCGAUCGACAGAGCAGCGGCUUCUCUCUUGAGAACGGGCGGUGGAUGAGACGUCUGUUGCCGAACGGUGAGCUAGGCGGUUUUGACCCGUUUUUGGUCACAGGUAGAGACCACGAAAGGAGCGUAGUCACCGGCCGCUUAGCAAGCGAGGUUGAGAGCGACGAAGGAUGCGAGGGGUACAUUGGUCGGAGGGGGUGGAAGGGCAUCGAGGACUGAAGCGCACCUCGAAAGCUGAAGGACAGGAAGGGAACCUAGCUCGAUAUUCUACAUCUACA